UUGGGAAAUAGGGUUGCGUGAUAGAGAAACAUAUGUGAACAAAGAGUUAAGAAGAAAGAGUUCGAUCGUUGCAGAAACAUAUUUUAAAUUAAAUAUUAAAAAUGCCAUAGCAUAAUAACUGAGAGAGCAAAGAUAAAACACUGACGUUUCUUUUAUUUAACAGCAUCAAUAUACACCAAGAAAAAAAAAAGUCUUUCAAAGAGUCAAAUUUUACUUGAAGAAGAAAGAUUUAUUAAAGAUCCAAAACCUGCAAGUGUUCUUUUUUAGGCAAAGUUUUCAAUUUCUUCGUCCUUUUUUGCUGUAUGAUAAUGGAACUCUUCUCAUUCUCAUCCCAAAAGUUUCUUUUCUCCUUUGCUUCAAGAGUGGAGGAAAAGCGUCAUCUCCCUUGCCCUCACAGUAGAGAAAAAGCUUUGACCAGUAAGAAUUUUUUUUGUUUAAUCAUCUAUACUAUUUGCACUUUCAUGUAAUGUUUGUUCUUGUUUACUAUACAUUUCGAGAUUUGAUGUUAACAAAAAUAGAAUUUCAUGGGUUCUCAUCUCUCUUGGAAGAUCUCUUUUGUCUCUGACAUUCUUGUUUCUAACUGCAUUUCAAGGUUUCGUGGGUUUAAAACAUAUUAAAGUUUCGUUUUUACUGGUUUUAAAACAUAUCAAGGUUUCGUUGUUAUACUUUUGGAAAGCAUAUCUUUUGUUUCAUACUUCUGAAAGACAAAAUCUCAAGGUUUCUGACUUUUGUUCUUGUUGUUAUAUUCAUUUCACAGGUUAGUUAACAUGGAUGAAGAAGGAGAGGAUGUGAUUUCUAUUGGAGCAAAACCCAAAAGUUCUAAGGAACCCAACCCUCUUAAUCAAGCAAGGCGUGAACGUGAAGCUCGGGAAAGAGGAGGAGGAAGACAAAGAGGGAGAGGACAAAGAGGGAGGGGACAAGAAGGGAUAGGUGAGGCUCAUGAGGAAGGAGAGGAAAGACAAGUUGAAGAAGCUCAUCAACAAGAAGCUCAAGAAGAACCUCAACCUCAACAACCUUUAAGCAAAAUACCGCCUUUUAAUGAUGGUAGUGAAAUUACAAGAGAUUGGACAACUUCAGAUCUCUUUGACGAUCCAAUUUAUCAACAUGCAGACACAUGUGGCUCUGUAGUGUUUGCUAGACUCACCCAAGCUGCCUACAACAAAGAUCGACCUAUAGCACAACGUCGUAAUCUAUCCUAUCGACACUUGGCCAACCAUAUCAGGAGCGUUACUGGAAAGAAGGAAUCAUUCUCAUUCAGAAACCUCAGCAUACCAAAGAACUUCAUAAGAGAUAAUGGACUUCAUAAAGAUGUGAGUGUGUGUCUGUGUAUUUAUACUUUGUUUUUGUUUCCAAUUAGUGAAUUUUAAAUUCAAAAAUCUAUGUUUGUGUAGG